AUGGAUGCCAGAAGCUUGGACGUUCCCCAGAGACUAUUGGUUUCCGAGUCGGCGCGCCUUCACCAAGAAGAAGUUAGAGGGGCUCCGACUGAAGCGCAGGUUUGCACGAGAGAUGGACGGGGCGGCGCGGGAGAGGUAGUUCCUCCCAUUAACUACGUGCUGACGGGCCAUUAUCCUGGGGGAAUCUUCGAGGAGCUUCCUGCUUUGGCACCCGAGCUUCUGCGCUCGCCGAAAGUAAGCGGUCAAUCUUGGGAGAACGUUCUCAAGACGCGCUCGACUCCUGGCAGCGUAAAGAGGCUUCUGAGGGAGCGUCGAGGAGUCGGGGUGACUUCCAUAAUUCCUUCGGAAAGUCAGAGACCUUGGUCGCCGCCUGUCGGGUUCCAGUGUGUUUAUGAGUCUUAUUUUCAAGACGACACAAAGCUCUGGUUUCCGAUUCCUCGGUUAGUUAUGUUGUAUGUGAGGCACCGAGGUGCGGCGAUAAGUCAGUUUCUGAAUGGCUCGUGGCGCACUACGGUCGCCCUGAUGGUCAUGGCUGCUGAGAUCGAUUUCACUCUCAGUGUUCGGGCUUUCGAGGAGCUGACGUCUAUCAACCCGUUAGAUGAAGGCCUCCUGUCGAUUAAGAUGCGGCCGAACUACAACGUGAUCGGGGGACAUCCUAGCAAAAUGCUGGAUUGGCAGAGGUCUUAUUUUUACGUCGAGUCUGACGACUCUGCCUUCGAAGACCCUCCAGACGAAGAUUAUCGAGUGCUAUGGAACACUUUGCACACCGACCAUCCGACUUCGCGCGAGUGUCCGGAGGAUUUUUUGUCGAGUGCGCGUGCAGUAGCGAGACUCGAUCAAGAGCGUUGCGGAAAUAUCUCUUGGGAAAGGAUUUGUCGGUGCGUCGACCAGAUUUUAAAAACUAGGCCUCCCGAGAGUCGGAACGCCGACCCUCCUAACGAAACGGGGAUCGCCAAUACGAGCGAUACGACCCUCCAUCUUCGGGCUCCUUUUCCCAAUGCCACUUCCUCUGUUCCCAAGAAAAGGAAGGGUCAUAAGAGAUCUCGCGAUGAUCCUUCUGUUCGUGAGGACCGUGAGACGGUCCCUGACGAUACGAUUCCUGAUGAGACGGUUGAGCCGUCAAAAAAGAAAAGGAAGAAGAAGCAGUCGAGCGAUCAACAAUCUCUCGCCGGGGGAAGUGUCGAGGCUCGAGAGAUCGAGACUGCUGAUCCCGUGGUUCGGGACAGAUCAACUGACGAGCCGAUUCCUAAUUUGGCCUUAGAGGAUGAUCCUGAAGAUGCCUCCCCUGAAGCUUCGCUUCAGCUGAAGAAGAAAACGAAGAAGGCGAGUGAGCGAGGAGCGGUUCGUCGUCAAGCUUCUUCUGUCGCCGCUGCAAAUGUCGCUGGGGCUUCCACUCCGUCGGCUCCUGGUACGUCGACUGGCGGUGCUCCGGUCAUAAGAAAGACUCCAAGGGUCGAGUUCCCGGACCGCGUCUUGUUCGAGUACGACGGACUGACUCCCCUCAUCUACGCUCCGAACAAGUGCGCAGAACUUGUCAGUCAGAUCAAAUGUGGACCGAAUCCUCUCUCGUCCGUUGCGGACUUGGUCUUCAAGGACGAGUACAUUGAUUUUACUCUUACUAAACUAUUGAAAUACGAUACGACGCUAAAGGAAUCGCUCGCGGAGUCGGAGAGUUUGAAGAGGAAGGUAGCGGCCAAAGGUAGAUUCUACCGCCGAAAGAGGGCGGAAUGGCAAGAGGAGUACGAGAAGAUGGCUGACAAGAGAGAACGAGCGAUUGCUCGAAGAAAGGCUCAAAAAGAGCGGGCUGACGCAGCUGAGGCUGAGCUUUCCAUCGGUCGUUCUACUAUCGAAGCUAUGGAGCUGUGA